GCGGCCUUAGCUGUCAAUCACUGGGUCCCGGCCAGUAAAAACAAUAUACGUCUCUCCCGUCAUCUCCUGCAUAGUCCGCAGUCUCUGGUCAUCUCCUUUACUGUGUCCGCAGUCUCUGGUCAUCUCCUGUACUAUGUCCGCAGUCUCUGGUCAUCUCCUGUACUAUGUCCACAGUCUCUGGUUAUCCCCUGUACUAUGUCCGCAGUCUCUGGUCAUCUCCUAUACUAUGUCUGCAGUCUCUGGUUAUCUCCUGUACUAUAUACGCAGUCUCUGGUCAUCUCCUGUACUAUGUCCGCAGUCUCUGGUCAUCUCCUGUACUGUGUCCGCAGUCUCUGGUCAUCUCCUGUACUGUGUCCGCAGUCUCUGGUCAUCUCC